AUGUUCUCUUCCGAUCUGUGCCCGAGUGUCCCGUGUUGCGUGUGCGCAAUCUAGCGCGUGAUCCCGCAAUAGUUAGAAGAAAUCCAACAUCUCUAUCAACAUGCUCUUACUCGCCAGCUUUUUCCUGCUCUUCGUGACUACGCUUGGGCCUGUCGCAGCUCAGAGGAUAACUACGAUACAACUCGAUGGCGUACAAUACUUUAUAUCAAGGAUGAACCCGUACAGCCCCGAGCUGAACUAUUUUCUGGCUUAUCAGUACUGCAGAUCGUUGGGAUUACAACUAGCAUCAUUUGAGACGAAAGAAAAGGCCGAUUCAAUUACAACAUACCUUACAAAUGCAGGCUAUAAUAAAUACGACUUCUGGACCUCUGGUAACAACCUCGGCACUGACAUGUACUUAUGGAUGAGCACGGGAUUACCCUUCAAUGCAACAUUUAACUAUAUGCGACGCAUGACAAUGGACCCUCCCAGCCAGCACACGGACGACAGUAUGGAUCCUCUGGAUAUGCCUCAAGGCAGCACCGCUCCUCAACGCACCGCCAGGCAUGGUUUGUUUUCCAGAACCGAGCACGUGAUGACCAACGGCUGUGUUGCUUUAAAAGCACCAUCCUUCCAUUGGGAGCCUCAACAUUGCGGAGAGAUCAAGGACUUUAUUUGCGAACAGACACGCUGCUACUACUACAACUACGGCUCCAUCCCCGUGUCCUCGGCGCAGGGAAAGCCGCUGUCGAUGACGACUACGACGACGGCGCACCCACUGACAUCGUCGUCGCCGCCGCCGCCGCGCUCCGAGCAUCUCCCAACUCAUUUUACUCUUAACGACCUCAUCGGCAAGCUACGACCAUCUUCUCUCGACGGUCUCCAGUCCCCUCAUCUUAAGUCCGGUGCAUUGUUAAAGUCUCCACCACAAAUCGAUUCUCAUUACUCACGAGCGGCUGACGCUCACUCAAAGGAACCUGAGCAGGAGCAAAAGGAAGAAGCGACCCAAGGUCCUUAUGAGGCUGAUGAGGGUAUGGUGGGCGACGAUCCAGCUGCUUAUCUUACACAUGAGGCCCGCGACGCUCCUGCUGUUGACGACAUGCCUUCUACUGCCGAGCCGGACGCCACCGAGCACUCCGUCCACGCCAGUGGUAUGCUGGCACCCCCCGCCUACUAGCGUCUGACUCGACGGUGACAUCAACAGUACGAACCGUUAUUAUAAAAAAAGUUUAGGUUUACGCACUACCAAAAGUAUUAUUUGAUAUUUCAAAGCAUUUUGUAUGUAAAGCUAAUGCUUGCUUAUGAGGGUGAUAUCGCUUCGACAAUGUUUAUUAUUUUAAUGUAAAUGAGAUUUAUGUAUUGAAGUCUUUUUGUAUACGCCUGAAGACGAGUGUUGGGAUAUUUAGGGUAUCUUUUGGGCAAUAAUCUAUAAAACUGAAGGUGGUGGCGACUCGUAUACUACGACUUGCCUACAUCUUCAAAUAUUACAACGAGUAUUCUUCGAAAUAUAGGUACCUAGACUUCGCCGAGGUAAUUAUAGUUGAUUUGUCCGAUCUCUCGUAUUAACACAAAAACCGUAAAAAUAAUUGUUAAGUAAAUUUUUGAUUUAAAUAUUUUGGACAUAUCCUUCGGUUUAGUUGUUUAAGAUAGUGUUUAUAUUAUGUGACGUACCUAGUUAAGUAUUAUAAGUUGAAACUCAAGAAUUUAAAGGAUAGUGAUGUAGUGACGUUAAUAAAUUUAAUAUUAACAUG